AUGUCUUUUGACAUAAAAGACAGAAAAACGCACCAAUUCAUCCUGGCUCAGCUUUUGGUUAUAUUAUCAUUUUCGUCCUACACAGCAACUCUUUUGUAUUUGCCCAAUGUGAAAGAAAGGCUAGUACCAUCUCGACCAAGCAUCGCAAUCACGACACCGUCGACUUUGAUCACACAGGGCAACAACACGUCCUCAUUUCCCACGGUUCUCACAACGAAUGAAACACAAAAGCAUGGGAAUUACGCUGCUUUGCUAUGUGGCGAUGUCUGGCUCGCCUUGAGUCUAAUGGCUGGAACUGACGCCUUUUGGGUCGUGGCAACCUUUAACCACACUCUCAUGAAGAACUGGCACUACUUUGUCAGCCUACGUAUGAUGGCAUUGGCGUCCAUUAUAUCAUUCUGUCUGUACAUACCGUCAAAUUGGGGCACUAAGACCACUCGACUUCAGGACUACUCACUAGCUCUAUGUCUAUCCGGUAUCGCAUACUUUCUCGUCAACUAUGCGCUGUCACGAGCACAUCGACGUCCACCAAGCACUCUCAUCAACGCCCAUUUCGGAACACUCCAACAGUACAGCGACAAGAUGAGUCGCUUCUCUUUCGGUUGGAGUCGGGCGCUACAGGUUUCCGCGAUUAUCUGUUCCUUUCCAGUAGUGCUGACUACUAUUAUGCCUUCGGGAUGGGUCACUGUCAUCCCACUGCUGACUAUUCCAUUCGAGUCAAUUCUACUCUCCUCAAAAAAGCUGGGAAGAAGUCCAGAGUUCAUACUCAGCGGUGGAGUCUUCAUCCACGCAGUGUGCUUCACACAUUGGGGUCUUUCACAAGUUGCUUCAAGUCCACGACUGGUUCUAUCCCCAUCAGCGUUUCUCGCCCUUGUAGUUGCAGGGCGGGUAAUCCUUGACUUGCAUCUGCAAUCUUCAUCGCUCAGAUACCCGGAGUUCCUUUGGUCAGAGAAUGUCAACUCCAGAAUAAAGCAACAGUCAGGAUCUGGAUUUUUGAGCUAG